AUGGAGAUAGAGAUGUAUGAAGAUCCAAUUCUUCGACUUGCGAGGGAUCCUAAUCUAAAUAAGGAAAAGGAUAAAACAUCAGAACUCAUUCAAAUAAUACAUGGAUUCCCAUUGACUGAACGACGUAUUUCUAAGUUAUGUCAGCUCUCAUUAACCAUCUUACAAAGUUUAGAGAAAAUUGAACUUAAACUGAAGAAUUGGCAAUUUCUUUCAUUAGAUAUCAAUUCAGAAUCUCAUUUUAAUGAAGAAUUUAAUUCAAAUGUAAAGAAAUUCAAUAAUGAUAUAGCAUCUAAAGUCUUACAAAGUUGUCAGGAUUUUCAAAUAAAACUCCAUAGAAUUUCACAAGAUUUAGAUCAUAUCACAAGAUCACUGAGAUCUCUUACACCAAUGGAAUAUCUUCUGGAUAGUGGGACUUUAUUAACGCAACUCACAUUAAGAAACAUCAAACUUAAAGAUGACUUGGCUGAUAAAAUUACAGUGGCAUACCUGCGAGCUAAACUUAUUAAUAUAGGGACAGAUCUUGAACUUAUGCUUGAAGAUGAUAAUUCGUGUGAUCAAACCGUUUUAACCUACAAACAUUUUGUAGUGAGCUUACUUAAACAAUUGAAUACGUCCAUUGAAGAAGAAGACUUGGCAGCAAAGUAUGAAUGUUUAGCAGUUAUUAGUGAUAUGGAGAAAAUGUUUGAUGCGUUUAAAAUGGAAAAAUUACAAGAAGCUGCUGAAUAUGCAGCACAAGAAGCAUACAUGGCAGCAGAAGAAGAGGCAUUAAGAAUGACAGCAGAAGCAGAAGCAAAAUUAUCAAGUCCAAUGAAACUGCAACUGAAUUGGGAACAAAAGCUUGGAGAAGAAGUUGCCGCAAACCAUGUUCAACUUCUGGAUUACCCAUUUGUUGAGAGUACAGAAUCUCCAGGAUCUCCAGGAUACAAAUAUGAAGAUGAGGAAUAUGAUUCAGAUAUGGGUAAUAAUUCAUUGUAUUCUACUUUCCAAUCACAACAAUUACCACCACCCAAGAUCCAUUCAAUUACCAGAAACAGUCAACACUUAUCACCACCACUGUCACAAGGAACAGGACGCCGUGACUCGAUUACAUCAUUAAACACAUCUACAUUACUUCACAAAACGACUAUAUCAGACGAAAUGCCAUAUUUAAUGUCUGCAUUCGAUCUGGCUCGUAACUUUGAAGAGGAUGUAACUCAUUAUACCAGAGAAGAAAAUGAAGAUUCUAAUAAUAAUAAAUCAUCUGCUAGCACUGCUAGCCUGCUGAGAAAUAUACUGAGAUCUCGCCUGGCAGGAACAUUAUCAUCAAAAUCAUCAAGUGCUUCAUCACCUACAAUCAACAUUAAUACUUCUAAAACUCCUACACAUCAAGCAUCUUUACCACAUUUCCCAAAUCAUAAAGCUAAUUUACCGGAUAGUGCGCUCUAUUCUGAGAGUUCAAUUCUUAGAAAUGCACAACUUCAAUCUCCAUCUUCAUACUUGUAUGCCAACAAUUCAUUAUUGGCUAAACUUGGUAUCAAACCACAAGUAAUUACCACUGAUUUACCUACAAGGGGUCAUGGAAUAGCCAUGGGGAAUAACACCAGUGCAAACCGAGGGUUAAUGGCCCAAAGUUUUAAUGGUCAACUUCUUGGCAAAGAAAAUAAGAAGAGAGUUAAGACUGAAGAAGAGAAAAAGCUUAGUAGGUCAUUGCCAAAUAUACAGGCUACUGCUAAGACAACUCCAUUAACAUUAGCAAAUUUAGCUUCAUUGGAUUAUGACGUUGAAUAG